UUUUGGGGGAGCGUUCAGCGAGCUCUGAAGGCGAAGGAUGAGUACCGCCGAGAUCCCGGCCGGCCUGAAGGAGCUGCUGCACAGGUACACGGUGGAGGUGCUUCGCCACAGGCCCGCAAACUUGGUGGAAUUUGCCGUGCAGCAUUUCACGCAGGUCCUGGAGAGCCAGAGGCACCAGAAGCCAGGCGACAAGAAGCGUGGCGGCAAAGCGGCUCGGAAGGGGGUCACUUUUGCGACUGAUGAGAAAGCCCUGGAGGACAAAGAAGGCAAAGAAGAGGAGGAGCCUGUUAAGUCCACCACUGGCAAAUACAACCGCAGAGUUUCAGUUUGUGCAGAGGCCUACGACCCCGACGAGGAUCAGGACGACGACUCUGAGCCUCGGAUCGUGCAUCCUAAAACGGACGGGCAGCGUCGCAGGCUUCAGGACGCAUGCAGGGACAUUUUACUCUUUAAAACGCUGGAGCAGGAGCAGUUCUCUGAGGUUUUGGACGCCAUGUUCGAGGUGCAGGUCAAAGCUCAAGAGCACAUCAUCGACCAGGGAGAUGAUGGAGACAAUUUCUACAUCAUAGAGAAGGGUGUUUACGAUAUAUUGGUGGAGAAGGAGGGAGUGAGCGUGCGCGUGGGAAAGUAUGACAACAAGGGCAGUUUUGGCGAGCUGGCUCUCAUGUACAACACGCCGCGAGCCGCCACCAUCGUGGCGACGGAGGCUGGCGCCCUGUGGGGCCUGGACAGAGCCACCUUCCACAGGCUGAUUGUGAAGAACAACGCCAAGAAGAGGAGGAUGUACGAGGCCUUCGUUGAAUGCGUUCCUCUUCUCAAGUGUCUGGAGCUCUCAGAGAGGAUGAAGAUCGUGGACGUGUUGGGAGCACGAAGCUUCAAAGAUGGAGAGCGCAUCAUAGCGCAGGGAGACACGGCCGACUGUUUCUUCAUCGUGGAGUCGGGGCAAGUGAGGGUCACGAUCGAAAGCAAAGCGAAGGCGGGCCAGCAGGACCACGCAGAGGUGGAGGUGGCUCGUUGUUCCCGAGGACAGUAUUUUGGGGAGUUGGCUCUGGUCACCAACAAACCUCGUGCAGCUUCAGUCUACGCGGUUGGACUAACCAAAUGUUUAGUGAUUGACAUCCAGGCGUUUGAGCGGCUGCUGGGUCCGUGUAAGGAGAUCAUGAAGAGGAACAUUUCUCAAUACGAGGAGCAGCGUGUGGCUUUGUUUGGGUCCAGUAUGGAUUUGAAACACUAGCACUCUAAAACUCCAUGUUUCAUGUCAAAAUCACAUGACUUAGUUCCUAAAAGCUGGCUGUUUUAUAUAAAUUGGCCAGGGUAUAAACCAUUUAGGCUUAAGUGUAUUUUGUUGACAGUAAAUUCCAUUAGAAUUACAGACUGGCUGAAAUAAAAGAUUUCGGCUUGUGUGCCACAUUCAAUAAUAAAAGCAUUUGAGCUAAAUAUGCCAAGUUUGCUGUAGAUUUUUUUUUUUAUUUGAGUUACAAAAUAUGAAGUGCCAUCAGCAGACUCCACAGGAGAGUUUGCUAACCUUCUUGUGUUACAAGUAUUUACACCCAAGAACAAAACAAACAAAGCAAGAAGUGAAGAAUAUCCAUCUGUAUCCACACUUUCUGGUACAAUCCCAGACUUCAAGUCUCUGCCAGGUUUUCCAAGUUCCAUUAUCAAAGUUUAAAUAUUUAAAAUAUUUACAAAGUCCUGUAUUCCAAAACCGUCCCAAAGCAAACUGUAGCAUGGUCAAUGAAAAUGUAGGAGCCAGAUGUGUAAACUGUUUCAGUAGUGUGGAAAACAAAACCAACCAAGCUGGUGGAAUUAAAAUGUGGUCCUCUGCAGGGUCUCUGUUUAUUCCUCCAUCUCCUCCGAAAGAAAGCGGUCUGUACAUUUUUAAAAUUACGUAAUGAAAUUGUCU